UUAAUCUAGUCAGUCUUUUUCGGGAAUCCAAGGCGAGUGCUUCGUUUAAGCGGUAAAAAAAUACACAAAAUGUUUAAAAAAUUUCGGAAUAACCAGUGAAUACGAAAGUGAUUUAACGCUACGAAUACUAAAAAAUUUACCAGUGAUUAUAUAAUUUCAAUAGUACGCGAUUAUCUGAGCGAUUGCGAAAUCAAAUCAUAUUUAUAACACCAUUUUGCAAGCAAAGCAAGUGCGCAAUUAAGUGAAAAUGUCCCCAAAAUAUUUAUUGGACAUGACUAUAUUGGUAUCCCUGCUGAUGGGAAGUGCUGUAAACAUAUCUUCCGAGCAUUCGACUCUCAAUGGGAUAGAACCAGACUUAUCAACUGCAUCGAAUGGGGAGGCCGAUGAAGAUAGUAAGGAAAGAGCUGAUCUCAAGAACCUCAUGCUGGAAUACGAAUCGGAUAAUGGCAAUAGUUGUCUUUUGGAUAUGAUUAAAGACGAAGUGAUAUGGUGGCUGUAUCCCAAUGGAACUCUGAAGGAAUCAACAAAGAAACUCGCAAGCUCAAUGUAUUUGGAUCUAUCGCAUGGUAACCUGAAGGAGGACUCAGACUUGUUGCGUGAGGCGAAAUCUGCUAGGAAGUUCUUCAGAUGCAGAAUAGAGGUUUUUUCGGCUGCCUUUAAUACGCUGAGCACUGCUCCGUACAGAACCCUUUAUUCCAUGAAGGAAUCCUUAAAGUUUCUGUCACUACGGGGAAACAAUUUCGCUGAUUUUUUACCAGACGCCGAAACCUUUGGUCGGUUUAUAAACGAAGCCCGCUCGGACGCAAGUAACACUACACCACACAAAUGCGAAGAAUUACUUGCACAAAAUGCCACCGAUCUUUACGAUCGGGAGUGCUUUCUGUACUUUCAAAACAACACAAACACACACUCAAUCACGACCGGUCUGAACUACUCAUACUAUAUUCAGUUAUUGAGAGAUCGGUCUCAUCACCACGGAAAGAAAUCCCAAUCCGUUGCCUGGGCGAAUUUCCCAAAUCUGUCCCGACUCGUGGAGCUGGACAUCAGCAACUGCAGCAUCGAGUUCGUGAGCAAGGAGGCGUUCCAGAACGUCAGCAGCCUGCGAAGGCUCUUCAUGUCGGGCAACAAGAUAAUGACCAUAAACCACGACACGUUCUACCACAUCCAGGGAGUGCAGUAUUUGGAUCUGUCCUUCACCAACUUCCUGACCUACAGCUACCAACUGCAGUUGCCCACUCUUGAAAUGGCCCUGAGUCUGAUAUACGGCCUGAAGAUCCAGCAGAAUGUAUUUAAACUCCUUCCGGAACUAAUCUACUUGGACCUAUCCCACUCUAAGAUGACCCGAAACAGUGCGGUGGCCUUCGCCCAUCUGGGGGAUAAGCUGAAAUUCCUAAGUCUGUGCUACACCGCCAUUCCCAUGGUGAGCAGUGCCAUCUUCAAAAACACGGUUCUGGAGGGCCUUGACUUGUCGGGGAAUCCCUAUCUAUCCUACAACAUUAUAGAAGAUGCUUUUGAUAGCAUUUCCGAUACGCUGAAGUAUUUGUAUUUCGAGCGUUCUAACCUAAAGGGCUUGGAGUGGGCCAAAUCGUUGAGGAAAGUCCAAGUCUUAAGUCUGGCGGGUAAUAACAUUAAUACCCUGACUCCAGUCAUGUUCCAGUCCCUAAAAUCGCUAGAGAUCCUCGAUCUGAGUUCUAACCAUGUUGGCAAUUGGUAUCGCAGUGUUUUUCACAAUAACUCCGCCUUGAAGGUAUUGAACCUGAGGAGUAAUACCAUCAAUAUGCUGUCCGAUGAAAUGCUGAAGGACUUCGAACGAUUGGAUUACCUAAGUCUGGGGGAAAACAAUUUCAUAUGUGACUGUAAUUUAAGAGCGGUGGUCGAGGUGGCAGCUUUCAAUAAUAAGGAUGCGGAAUGCUCCUACAGCCUGCUGAACUAUAGCCAGAAUUCGAUUGGUAAAGACCUAUUCACGGCUGCCGAAUCCCUGAAUAUAGAUCGUAAGCUCUGGCAGAGUCGCUUUCUUCCCUGGUUAAAGAAGAGUUACACCAACAUAAGGGAUUUUAAUCUAGUAAAUCAUAUAAUCAAGCUGCGCUUCUCGUCCGACAAUUAUAAGGUGAUCUCCAAAUGCUCCUCAGCCUCCACAUAUCAUAGGGAGGAAUUCGAAGACGAUCUCACCCUAAAGUUCCAGUUGCUCGACUAUGAGGCAAGUCAAUAUUACUGCUUCAAUAACACCGAUCAACUCCAGGUGGAUGAGCUCAACUGCCAGUUGCGAACGAUGAGUGAGAUUACGGAGGUAUUGAACCGGGUGUCGAACACGGUGAUCGCAGUGGUGGGCAGUAUAGUUGGAGUCUGCAUCCUGGGAUUUAUUAUUUACCUGAAGCGAUGGCACAUUCACUACUAUUACUCCUCCCUGAAGUCCGCUGCUCUUGUGUCCAGUGCCUCAAAGGAAUCGGUGGAUAACUUUACACACAUAUCUAAAAGGGAUCCCAGCGCCGUCUACGAUAUCUUCAUCAGCUACUGCCAAAACGAUCGUCCCUGGGUGCUCAACGAACUAUUGCCAAAUGUUGAGGAAACUGGGGAUGUAUCCAUAUGUCUGCACGAACGAGAUUUUCAGAUUGGAGUGACUAUUCUGGAUAACAUUAUCUCCUGCAUGGACCGUUCGUACUCCCUAAUGCUGAUCAUAUCCUCCAAGUUCCUGCUAAGCCACUGGUGCCAAUUUGAAAUGUAUUUGGCCCAACAUCGCAUCUUUGAGGUCAGCAAGGAGCAUUUGAUCCUGGUUUUCCUGGAGGAUAUUCCCCGAAGAAAGCGGCCAAAGACUCUGCAAUAUCUUAUGGAUGUGAAAACCUAUAUAAAGUGGCCGACUGGCAAAGGAGAUGCGAGUCCCAAAUUGGAGGAGAGGAAACUGUUUUGGAAGCGCUUGAGACGAUCACUUGAGGUCAUAGGCAUUAGUUCCAGAGAGUUCAGUGCAUAAUAUAAAAUACCUAGAGUAAAAUAAUUUUAACUAAAAGAGUUCUAGUCAGAUUUGGAAGUACCUGAAAAAUAAAUAGAACACUUCGUUGAACAUUGAUGAAGAAAAAA